ACACACACGGGCGCGCGCGCACGCACGGCAGGCAGGCAGGCGCGCGCGUUGAUUAGCUGCACGUUCAUUCGUUCGCGCCAUCAUUCAGUAUCAAAAAAGGAGAGAAAGGGAGCGGGCGGGGAAAAACGAGGACAUGGACGGCGGAAUCUCCGCGAGGCGCUCGCCACCGACCGGCCGUGAAUGAGAAUAUAUAUAUAAAGGGGGCGGAAUAAAGACGCGGCUGCCGCUGCGGUUUCUGUUUGUCCGCCGAGAGGACCGUUCCGCCGGUGGAGCCGCGGGAGGAGGACGAGGAGCGAGGCCAGAGAGCGCGGCGCGGGUCCGGGCUGAACAGCGAGACAUGCUCCCCUCCGUCCUGGGGCUUCUGCUCCUGCCCCUGUGCCUCCAGCCAGGCAGCUUCGCGGGAGGCUCGCAGGCGGAAUGUGAGACCUCUCAGUUCCAGUGCGGGAAUGGCCGCUGUAUCCCUUCCGUGUGGCAGUGCGACGGGGACGAGGACUGCUCCGACGGGAGUGAUGAGAGUACAUGCGUGAGGAAGAUGUGUGCAGAGACUGACUUUGUUUGCCGCAAUGGCCAGUGCAUCCCCAAGAGAUGGCACUGUGACGGUGAGCCAGACUGCGAGGACGGCUCGGAUGAGGGCACAGAGCAGUGCUACACUCGGACCUGUCGUAUGAACGAGUUCAGCUGUGGUGUCGGAUCCACUCCAUGUAUUCCUGUCUUCUGGAAGUGCGACGGCGAGAGUGACUGUGACAACGGCGAGGACGAGAUGAACUGCGGUAACGUCACCUGCGCUCUUCUGGAGUUCACCUGCAGCAGCGGCCGCUGCAUCUCGCAGAACUUUGUGUGUAACGGUGAGGACGACUGUGGCGACGGCAGUGACGAGCAGGACUGCGCCCCCUCCUCCUGCGGCCCCAACGAGUUCCAGUGUGGAAAUGCCACCUGUAUUCCCUCAGGCUGGGUUUGCGACGACGACCCGGACUGCCAGGACCAUUCGGACGAGUCGCCUCUGCGCUGUGGGCGGAACCCCACGCCACCAGCCAAGUGUUCAGUCAGUGAGAUCCUGUGCGGGUCGGGAGAGUGCAUCCACCGCAAGUGGCGCUGUGAUGGAGAUGCUGACUGCAAAGAUGGCAGCGAUGAGAAGAACUGUCCGGCUCGCUCCUGCCGACCUGACCAGUUCAAGUGUGAAGACGGCAGCUGUAUCCAUGGCAGCCGGCAGUGCAACGGUAUCAGAGACUGCACCGACGGCACGGACGAAGUCAACUGCAAAAACUUGACCCAAUGCAACGGCCCUGACAAGUUCAAGUGUCGGAGUGGAGAGUGUAUCGACAUGCACAAAGUGUGCAACAAGGCCCGGGACUGCCCAGACUGGAGCGAUGAACCAAUCAAAGAAUGCAAUCUGAACGAGUGCCUGCUCAACAACGGCGGCUGCUCGCAUAUCUGCCGCGACAUGGUGAUCGGCUACGAGUGCGACUGCACCCCGGGGCUCCAGCUCAUCGAUCGCAAGACCUGCGGAGAUAUCAACGAGUGCUUAAACCCUGGCAUCUGUAGUCAGAUCUGCAUCAACCUGAAAGGAGGAUACAAGUGCGAGUGCCACAGCGGCUAUCUGAUGGACGCAGCUACAGGAGUGUGUAAAGCAGUAGGCAAAGAGCCGUGUCUGAUCUUCACUAACCGGAGGGACAUCAGGAAGCUGGGGCUGGAGCGGCGGGAGUACACACAGAUCGUGGAACAGCUGAGGAACACUGUGGCUCUAGAUGCAGACUUCACCCAGCAGAGGAUCUUCUGGGCAGAUCUUGGACAGAAAGCCAUCUUCAGCACAGUCCUGGACAAGCGGGAGGAUGUAGGCUACACCAAAGUAAUUGAUAAUGUUCAGAUGCCUGUGGGGAUAGCAGUGGACUGGAUCUACAAGAACAUCUACUGGUCAGACCUGGGCAGCAAGACCAUAGUGGUGGCCAAUUUCAAUGGCACGAAGCAGAAAGUUCUGUUUGACCGCAACUUGAAAGAACCAGCUUCCAUUGCUGUGGAUCCACUGUCUGGGUUUCUUUACUGGUCUGAUUGGGGAGAGCCGGCCAAAAUCGAGAAGUCCGGGAUGAACGGGGUAGACCGACAAGUCCUGGUUGAGACGGACAUUCAGUGGCCCAAUGGAAUCACUCUUGAUCUGAUUAAAAGCAGACUGUACUGGGUGGACUCUAAGCUACACACACUCUGCAGCGUGGACCUGAAUGGAGAUAAUCGGAGAAAAGUCCUGCAGUCCCAGGAUUACCUGGCCCACCCCUUCGCCCUCACUGUGUUUGAGGAUCGAGUGUUCUGGACAGAUGGCGAGAGCGAGGCCAUCUAUGGGGCAAACAAGUUCACAGGAUCAGAUGUGACCAUGCUGGCCAACAACCUGAAUGAACCGCAGGACAUCAUUGUCUAUCAUGAGCUCAUCCAGCUGUCUGGAACUAACUGGUGUAACGAGAAAGUGAACAAUGGAGGCUGUUCCUACAUGUGUCUCCCAGCACCUCAAAUCAACAAACACUCUCCAAAAUACACCUGUGUGUGUCCGGUAGGCCAGGAGCUUUCCUCAGAUGGCCUGCGCUGCAGACCAGUGGCUUCUACAGACGCCCCACAAGAUGAAGGGCGGACUCUCAUACACUCCACACAUCCCCAAGUCAGAACCACUACAAAACCUAAGGUUGCCCCCCAAGCAAAACUUGUUGAAGGAAAUAUCAGUACCUCCAUACAUGAGGUGAAAUCGGCCAAAGGAUCGGCCGCAGCCUGGGCAGUGCUGCCAGUGUUGCUGCUGGCCAUGGCUGCAGCGGGUGGGUACCUGAUGUGGAGGAACUGGCAGCUGAAGAAUAAAAAGAGCAUGAACUUUGACAAUCCUGUUUACCUGAAAACUACAGAAGAAGACCUGAACAUAGACAUCAGCAGACACUCUGCCUCUGUUGGUCACACGUAUCCUGCGAUUUCAGUGGUAAACACAGAAGACGACCUCUCGUCAUAACCAGGCCUGUACACUGCUCCCGUUCAUGAACUGUCCUCUCUGGACCUCUUUGCCAACCGCUGCUGUUCCAGCAGACCUCUGACUGUCAGAUGCCUUCCGCAGUGCAUUUCGCAGUUGUAUUUCUCGGGGGUGGUGUGCGUCCUUUUGUGUGAAACACUACUAUGACUAUGGAUAUGGACUUCCUGCUCACGAUAAAUGUGCCCAAAGCAUUACUGCAUCCGGGAUAUGACCUUUCACUGGUUCUACCCCUGGUUCAAUCUCGAGGAAACUCAGAGCCCAGCCGUGGUCCGUUGUUUUGGACGCUUUGUGGGUGUGUGCGAGCGUGUAUUUAGACGAAAUGCUUAUUUUUAGGAGUCCUGCUGGUUUUCUUUCUUCUGGUUUUCUUUUUCGUAGGAGCGUUCGCCUCCAGAAGCACAUUCUUCUCAAGCUUCCUGUGUGUCUGUUCUGGUGGGGAAUCUCUUAAGUUCAGCUGUGUAAGAGGAGUGCUGUUGAAACCUAUUUGUAAAACACUGUAUAUAACCCUGUCUAAAAUAAUGAAUCAGGAUUCCUCAAGCACUUUGAUCACAUGGUCCUGUGUAAAUAAGAUUGUAUACAUUUGACUGAAUCAAUUUUGCUAUGGUGGGUGAUAAUACCAGGGUAGAAAAUGUAUGGAGGGAGGGGAAAAAGUUUGUUAAACUAUUUUGUAUGUUUGUGUGCUGUUCCUGUGACCUUUUUAUAGCACUGUACUGCGGGGACUACAUGCUCUGUAUUGUGAAGAAGAAGAUAAAGAAACAUUUGCGAACACUUAAAUAAAAAUGAAAUGGUCAGUAAAGUCA